UUCUGGACUGAGGCAUUUGCGCGGCCUUGAGGGGAACACGUAACGUUUGGCAUGUUAGAAAUUAGUGAUGAUUUGUUAAUAUGAAGUUUUACGGAAGAGUCUAUCGUUAAAAUACGCAGUGUAAAAUCUUCGUAAUGUUAUAAUUGUAAAAUUGCUGUAAUUUAGGAUGCUUAAUUAAUAAGUUGUGGUGUGCUCCCUCCCUGAGCUUUGGUACGGUCCCAGCCAAACUGCUAGGGACGCGGCUCAUUCCUACACCGAGUCUGUUCGGUCUGCUCCGACUUUUGGGUUUUUUGGAUCAACUUUUCCCAAACCGUGGUCUUUUUACGCUCCAGAUCCUCUCCGGUGUUUUUAGCGGCAGCCGAACGCGGCGGACACAGUUUAGUUUGGUCUUCUGUUCAGUGUUUGGAGUUGGGGUCCAGUUCAAAGUGCGUGAUGCCUGUGAACGGCGGGGGGCUGCUGUCCCUCCGGUACGCCACCCGGCUCUUCUCUAACCCGGUGAUGGAGGAGACAGUGUGGGAGCAGUACACAGUCACGCUGCAGAGGGAUCCUAAAAUGGGCUUUGGCAUCGCAGUGUCGGGGGGGCGGGACAACCCCAAUGAAGACACAGGGGAGACAUCCAUCGUAGUGUCAGAUGUCCUACAGGGAGGCCCCGCAGAUGGACUGCUCUUUGAGAAAGACCGUGUGGUGCAGGUGAAUGCCAUCCCCAUGGACGGAGUUGUUCACUCCUUUGCCGUGCAGACUCUCCGGAAAUGUGGCAAAGUGGCCAAAAUAACGGUGAAGCGUCCUCGUAAAGUCCCAGUGAACAUGUUGAACCGCCCUCCGUCUCCAGACGACCGAGUCUUCAGCACAGACUACACAGAGGACUACCCCUACGACGGGGACCGCCGGAGUGUCUACAGUGGGCACGACCAGGCCCCCGACCGGGACCACCGGGACCGUGACUCUGGCUACCAGACCCACGACCGAGACUACGAGCGAGGACGCAGCUCAGAGAGGGACCUGGGGGACGAGCGGCCCUACAGGAGGGACGGCAGCAGGGGGCGCACUCUGGAGCCCGAGCGCAGCCCUGACCGGAGAUACCGCAGUGACCACACUCUGAACCGAGACUACAGCCCAGAGCGCAGGAGGUACAGAGACCACAGCCCAGACCGGCGUUACCGAAGCGAGCGCACCCUGGACCGAGACUACAGCCCCGACAGACGUUACCGCGACGACCGUGAUCACAGCCCGGACAGGCGUUACCGCAGCGACCGAGCGUUAGACAGACAGAGCCCAGACAGAGGGCGCUACAGGCGGGACAGCCCCAGCCCCAUCAGAGGCCGCGCCCCCAGCAGAGAGAGGCUGGACCGCUCCCCGUCCCCGCCCCCCCUGCCCAUCCCUCUGCCCCGCCCUCCGCCACGGGAGCACGAGCCUCUGGAGAAACCACUUAACGUCCUGCUGCUCAAGAACAGGCCCAACGAAGAGUAUGGACUUCGUCUGGGCAGCCAGCUGUUCAUCAAAGAGAUGACAAGUACUGGACUGGCCAAUCGAGACGGAAACCUGCAGGAGGGAGACAUCAUUCUGAAGAUCAACGGCACCGUGACUGAGAACCUGUCCCUGAGCGACGCGGGGAAGCUGAUCGAGAAGUCCAGAGGCAAACUGCAGCUGGUGGUGCAGAGGGACCGCAGCCAGAUCCUCAUCAGAGUGCCUCCCAUGGUGGACAGCGACUCAGAGCUGGACGAUAUCUCUGAGAUUGAGUCGUACCGCUCGUACUCCCCACAGGAAGACAGGAGGGGGCAGCACUCAGACCUGUCCUCACACUCUUCCAACGAGAGGCUGCGGGACAAGCCCAAAGAGGAACCAGCCAAUAGACUGGCCAAAAUGGGUGCCAUGGCGACGCCGUUCCGACCUCCUGAUGACAAAACCCCUGUGCCGAUUGAAAGGGAGGAGCCUCGAGCAGACACGCCUCCAGUCAUCACUCCAAAGGUUCGUGCUGUGGCCAAAGUGCCUCUGAAGGCCAGUGCAGAAGAACAGGACAUCUACGGACCCAACACGGUGAUGGUGCGCUUCAUCAAAGGAGACAGCGUGGGUAUGAGGCUGGCAGGAGGCAACGACGUGGGCAUCUUCAUCGCAGGAGUGCAGGAGGACAGUGCAGCCGAGCAGGAGGGGCUGCGCAUGGGGGACCAGAUCAUGAAGGUGAACAGCAUGGACUUCAGGGGGAUGGUGCGAGAAGAUGCUGUGCUCUACCUGUUAGAGAUUCCCAAAGGAGAGGAAGUGACCAUCUUGGCUCAGAGCAAACCUGAAGUGUAUGAGGACAUUCUGGCGUCCGGUCGGGGUGACUCCUUCUUCAUCAGAACACACUUUGAGUAUGAGAAGGAGGCUCCUCAGAGUCUGCCCUUCACCAGAGGGGAGAUCUUCAAAGUGACUGACACCCUGUAUGACGGGAAGCUGGGCCACUGGCUCGCCAUCCGCACGGACAAGGACAACCAGCUGCUGGAGAAAGGCAUCAUCCCCAACAAGAGCAGGGCGGAGCAGAUGGCCAAUGUGCAGAACGCAGCUCGAGCCGCCUCUGGAAACGACCGCGGAGACUUCUGGAGGCUCCGGGGUCAAAGGGCAGCCAAGAAGAAGGACCUGCGCAAGAGCCGGGAGGACCAGAGCGCCGCACCUGUCACCACACGCUUCCCCGCCUACGAGAGAGUGGUGCUGCGGGAAGCUGGGUUCAGGAGGCCCGUGGUCAUCUUUGGGCCUAUUUCUGAUGCUGUGAACGACAAACUGGCCACAGAUUUACCCGAUGAGUUUGUCAUUGCAAAAACUGAGCCCAAAGAUGCUGGAAGUGAAAAGUCUUCAGGCGUUGUGAGGCUAAACACCAUCCGACAGAUCAUUGAAGAGGACCGGCACGCUCUGCUGGACGUGACUCCCAAAGCCGUGGAUACCCUGAACUACACCCAGUGGUACCCCAUCGUGGUGUUCCUCAAUCCGGACAGCAAACAGGGCGUCAAGACCAUGAGGAGCCGCCUGGUACCAGGAUCCAACCGCAGCGCCCGCAAGCUCUACGACCAGGCCGUGAGGCUGAAGAAGACCUGCUCUCACCUCUUCACUGACACCAUUGACCUGAACAGUGCCAAUGACGCGUGGUACGGCAGUGUGAAGGACUCUAUCAGAGAGCAGCAGGACAGAGCUGUGUGGGUGUGUGAGAGCAAGCUGGAGGGCUCCGAGGAGGACCUGGAUCUCCAUGACGACCGCAUGUCCUACCUGUCGGCCAUGAGCGCGGACUACCUGAGCAUGGACAGCCGUCUCACCAGUGACUACGAUGACACGGCGGACGAGGGCGGGGCUUAUACAGACAAUGAGCUGGACGAGCCUACGGAGGAGCCACAGCCUGUGUCUGCCAUCGGACGCUCCUCUGAGCCUGUACUGCCCGAAGAGCGUCCUGAGCCUCGUGUGCGCAUCAAGAAGUCAAGCAGCAGAGAAAUGCUCCACAGAGAGCCCAGUCCUCCCCCUUCAUUUGUCCCUGAGCCCCCAAAGGUGCGCUCUCAGGGUCGCACAGACUCGUCCCGGAGCUUUGACUCUCACUCCAGCAGCACCAUCAGCAGUGACACAGCAGCACAGAGGCCCCUGCCCCCUCCUGUGGCCCUCAAACCCCCCAGCACCCUCCGCCCACUCCAGCCUCCUCCAGAACUCAGCCCCAAGCCUAAGCAGGAGGAGGAAGACCCUGCCAACAAGUCCUUCCUGGGAAAGAUCCAGGCCUUUGAGAAGAUGGACCACUUGGCUCGAGCUCAGAGACUUCUGGAGCUGCAGGAGGCAGAGAACGCACGGCUGGAGAUCGCUCAGAAGCACCCAGACAUCUACGCCAUCCCUGUGAAGCCCAAACCCAACGUGAGCCGGCCUCAGCCCAUCGGAUCCAGCUCCAACCCCGACUCACACACCUCCCCCCGACCCUCCUACUCUGAAGACGACGAGGCCGAGUACCGCCGACAGCUCAGCCAGCAGGACAGGAGGGGCUACUACAACACGGGGAAGUACAAGGACACCGAGCUCUGAGUACACACUACUACUGCGCAGUACUACACGGCCAAGUACUCGAGCACAAUACAGCAGCGUCCAAUCUGUGUGUCACUGCGCAGAAACAGACUCAACGAUUCCACGUGUACAGCAGAUGUCUUCACUUCACAUUCCACUGUGGACCAAAGUGCCUCAAAGAACUCUCCACUGGGCUUCGACCAAACAUCUCCAAACAUCUUCAAACAUCUCAGCGGACACUGGGACUGUGGCUCUGCUUUUUCAAACAACACUGCAGUUUGUCAGGGUUUUGGACUGGCACAAACACAGUCUGUUGAUGCUGUAUUAGGAAGGUCAGUUAGAAAGAAAAUAAUCCUGAAAUGAGGGGAUAUUGCUGUAAAUAGAACUCUAGACUGUUAACAGGUGAAAGUGCUUUUCAGGCUCUAAUUGAACCUGUGAAUGACCACUGUAUUUUAAAGUUAAAACAUGGGAAAUGACUUAAAGGAGCAAUAUGUAACUGGUCCAGGAGAUGCUCUGCUACCUGCUUGUCUCCAUAAAGAUGUGAUUGCUUUGCCUGGAGUGUUCCUGUAUGACAGUUCACUCUUCGCUCUUGGAUUACACAAUUUAGGCUUGUCCUAGAGAAUCAGACACUAAUCAGUACUAAAAUAAUAUCAAAACUAGAUGUUCAUUGACAGGACAAGAUUUGAGAUUUCCUUGACAGGUGUAGUGUGAUUUUAAGCUGUAUCAGAACACAUUUAACACCUUGUAAGAUAAAGAAACUGUAUUAUUAUUUUGUGUUGAAAAUAAUUCUUUAUGGUAAUGUAAUCAGUAUCAAGUUCUGAGUCUGAGUUUGCAAUUGGAGUUUUGUGACACACUAAUACAAUUACAGUGGAACAUUCCAGGCAAAGCUGACACAUCUCAAGCAGGCGAUGGACCUUCAACCUUAAAAGUUCCAUAAUGUACCUUUAAGUGUCCACAUUUCUCACGAGUUGCGUUGGUCCUGCUGUCACAUUCCACUCCUCACCAGUGUAUCUAUUUAAACCCUGAGACAAUCAUGUUUGAUUCUGACUGUGGGAGUCACUGUGACGUCUUCAAACGUCCUGUGAUUCUCCUGAGCUCUGCACACUGUGGCAAAUAAAUACAUGUUUUUUACCUCG